AAAAUCUCUCAGAAUACCAAUUUUCGGUAUUUGUACAGAUCUGAGCUUAAAAUAUUGCGGGAAACGUGCUAAAGGAAAGUAGAUGCAACGUACUCUGUUUACUGGUAUAAAGGUUUACUCCAGAAUUUAUAAAAGAUAUAUGAUGGCCAGCACGAAACAACCUAUUACUCUUGUUACUGGAAAUAAGAAAAAGCUUGAAGAAUUUGUUGCUAUUUUAGGAAAAGAUUUUCCUUUUGAGGUGAUUAGUAAUGAUGUAGAUUUACCAGAAUACCAGGGGGAGCCAGAUGAGGUAGCCAGAUCUAAGUGUGAAUUAGCAUCAUCACAAAUCAAAGGUCCAGUGAUUACUGAGGAUACAUGUUUAUGUUUUAAUGCUCUAGGUGGCAUGCCUGGUCCUUAUAUCAAAUGGUUUUUAGCAAAGAUAGGUCCAGAAGGUUUACAUAAGAUGUUAAAUGGAUUUGAAGAUAAAACAGCAUAUGCCUUAUGUACAUUAGCUUAUCAUUCUGGCCUUGAAGGAUCAGAGGUUAUCUUAUUUAGAGGUCAGACAGACGGUCAAAUUGUCUCGCCUAAAGGACCAAGAGACUUUGGUUGGGAUCCAUGUUUCCAACCUGAUAAGUUUACAGAGACCUAUGCAGAAAUGCCAAAAGAUGUAAAAAAUACAAUUUCACACAGAUACAAAGCUGUGACAGCGUUGAGAGAACAUUUUAUAAAACUUGCAAAGUCAUAACAAUAUAAAUCUUUUAUAGUCA